AUGAAGGUAGGCGUGGCAGUGGCUUGCUGUGCCAUGAAGCCAAAGAACAUGUCAGUCCGUACCUUCACGGAGGGUCUCUGUUCCGCAUUUCACAACGCUAACCAGCAACUACAACACAAACACGCUUCAAUGGAAGCAGAAAUCCUCCAUCUACGUCAACAGCUCGCAUUAAGCUCCACGUCAUCACGGGAAAACUGUCGCACCCAGAAUUCUUCACAAGUUGAUGAUGACAUGUUAUUCCCUACUCCACCAUUAUCUAACACAGAUACAAAUAAUGUAACCUUGAUGGAAAAGAGUGACAUUGACAGUCUCCAUAGCAACACCCAGUUCUUACAGAGUGUAAUAAACAUUCAACAGGUCACCAGGCAGGGGUCCCAAGGAGGAAAUCUCAGCGGUGAAGUCGAAGAGAAAGACCAUUCAGCUCUCACAGUAAAACUGAAAUCACUAACAAACUUAUAUCACACAACUGUAGUGAAAAGCUUACAGACAAUUCGGAAAUGCAUACAGGAUCAGACAGUCACAGUGUCUACCAAGUCCCUACUGCACUGUACACAGUGUAUAUUACAAAUGAUGGAUCACUUACCUGCCCUUGCCUGCAACACAGCUGUUUCAUCUCUCAUCAAGGACAUAGUAAAAUGUCUGGUGGACUUUAUACUUGACAUCAAGGAGGACUCCUCCAAAAGACAGAGAAACAGUAGGCAUCUAUGUAGAAGUCUGGUGCUGGAGUUCUCAAAACCACCUAUAACAAGAAUUACUCUGGAAGUUUUGGUUGAGGAGAUACAAAAAUUUUCACAACAUUUACAAGGUGUUUGCAACAGCAACAAAUCAAUGCAGGUAUCAUGGUUUGAAAACAUCAUAUUUGUUAUCCAACUCCUUCAUAUUGUUCUGGGUGAAGAACACAGCAGCCUUGUGACUAAAGAUCAUGCCAUGUUACAGGAACUGAAGGAUAAGUUAGAGGAGUCCCUUCUACACGUAACUCAUCCAUUUCCACUGUAUGCUCAUGCUAUAUGGAAUGUAUGUGGACAAUUAGAGCUGGAGAUACGCAAAACAAGUGUUUAA